AACCAUGUACUUAUUGGGACAAUCUAACUGAGCUGCAAACGUUAAAUGUUCCUGAGGACUGUUCAUUUGUAUGUGGCGUUGUUCGGAAAAGGAAAAUAACCAACAGAAAUCACAAUGAAGGCAGAUGUGCACCAGGUCAAAUCUCCGUCGUCUGCGCAGACAGCGGCAGAGCACCUGUUGCACCAGAUGCAAAGCAUUGCAGGAGCUUGCAGUCCCUCGGAGAGUGACGUCCACAGUCCAGGCAAAACAGACACUGGGCAGGAACUCACCCUGGCUACUGCAGGGUUCAGAGGACAAGAGACCCCCUCCCCCUGACAGGAAACUGGGUCCUGGUGGGGUUACCCCCAGCCAUGCUGAAGAGAAGGCUCAAUGGACAAACAACCACAUGUAACAGAGAGUCGCUGACAUCAUUUCCGCUUCGUGGGUCCUUGCGGAAGAGUGGAUGCGUAACUUCCGUCCGCAGCCGGUUCUCCAGAUGCGAUGGUCUCGGGGUCAGCUGUGCUGGUUCUCGCGUAGCAGAUGCUGCCACCUGCCGGGAAACAGCAGACACGCAGCUCCAGCCACCUGCCGGCCGAGCUCACGGGCGCGCGCGCGCGCGGGGGCGGCCGGGGGGUAUAUAAGGGCGUCGCUCCCCGCGGCUCUUCAGCCUCUCCAGGUGGUGCGAGAGCCAGCCAUGGAGACCAGAAUACUUUUGCUGUGGGUAGCAGCCAUGCUGGUGAACGAUGCCAGUGGCUUGUGUCCAACAGGAACGGAGUUCCUCACCGCCUUCAUGACCAACUUCAGAGCAAACUCCUACGACCCCCAGUUCGAGCUGCUCAUCGCCUCGUACCGAUCCAAAGCCACGGUCAAGGUGGAGGUGCAGGCCCUCGGCUUCUCAAAGACGGUGAUGGUGAACAAGGGGGCCACGGAGCACGUCGUCUUGCCGAACGCCGCCGAGCUGCAGGGCACCGGGUACUGCACGAAGACGGUCCGCGUCACCUCCGACUACGAGGUCUCGGUGGUGGCCUACAACACCAAAACGUCCACUGGGGACAGCGCCGUGGUGUACCCCACUCUGCAGCUGGGCAGAGAGUAUGUCAUCUUCACGCCCAACACUGGUCUGUCCGACAUGGACAAAAUGGCCGUCGUCAUCAACGGCAAAGACGCCAACCAGGUCGAGAUCAUCCCCAGAGAGCAGAUCACCAUCAACGGUGUUGGCUACAAGCCGGGCAGUAAGAUCACCGUCUCGCUGGCGCCCUACCAGCUCUACCAGCUGAAGAGCAGGUGCACCCUCACUGGGACCCGGGUCAAGGCGCAGCAGCCUGUGGCCGUGCUGGCUGGGCACCAGUGCUCGGUCCGGGCCCAGUACUGCAACCACGUGUACGAGCAGCUCGUGCCGGUGGACCGCUUCUCCACCCGCUUCCUGGUGCCGCCCAUGAACGCGCUGCCCUCCAAGGACCUGGUCCACGUGGUGGCGGCCGAAGACAAGACGCUGGUGCGGAUCGGCAAGGGCAGCGCAACCGAGAGCAGGACCCUCAUGGCUGGCGACGUCUGGGACUCCGGCGUGGGGGCGUUCGCGCCCCUGAGCAUCGAGAGCGACCGGAGGGUCAUGGUCAUGUACUACGGCGGGGGUGGCCAGUACGACCCCUACCUGAUCAACGUCAUGCCCACGGCGGAGUUCGCCAACCGGUGGGUCGCGGACACCCAGGGCGGCUUCAACAGCGAGGCGGCCAUCGUGAUCGAGGCCGAUGGCGUCGGCAGCCUGAAGGCGGAUGGCAGGAGCCUCAACCCCCAGAAGAAGUGGGAGCGCUUCGGCGCGGAUUCCAAGUACGUGUGGUCCAGCCUCGACCUCGCCACCUCGGAGCGCCACUGGGUCAUCAGCAGCGACGCCCUCAUGGCGGUGUACGUCUACGGCGGGAAGCCCCACGAUGGAUACGGCAACACGGGCGUGUGCUACUCGGCUCCUGCUCCCACCCCGCCGCCGGAUCCCUGCGCGGCUGUGAAGUGCCGGGAGAAGGAGGAGUGCCGUGCCGGCGUCUGCAAGCACAUCUCCAAAGCCACCUGUGAGGCCGUGGGGGACCCCCACUACACCACCUUCGACGGGAGGAAGUUCGACUUCCAGGGCACCUGCAGCUACACCCUGUCCGCCACCCGCGGCGACGCCGGCGGCCUGGAGCAGUUCGCCGUCACCGCCAAGAACGAGAACAGGGGCAACACGAAGGUGUCCUUCGUGCGGACGGUCACCAUCACCGUCUACGGCCAGACCAUCAGCAUCAGCAAAUACGACAGCGGGAAAGUUGGGGUAAACGGCAUCUCCAGCAACCUGCCCGUCACCCUCGUCAACGGGAAACUGCGGGUGGCGCGUAGCGGGCGGUACGCCCUGCUGACGACGGACUUCGAGCUGCAGGUGAUGUACGACUGGAACAUGGCCCUGUUCAUCACGGUGCCCAGCAGCUACUUCCGCCUGCUGGGGGGCCUCUGCGGCAACUACAACGGCGACCGCGGUGACGAGUUCUCCAACCCCAGGGGGGAGCUGGUCACCGCCGUGCUGGACUUCGCCAGCAGCUGGAAGGUCGAGGACAAGGACCUCUUCUGCCACCACCACUGCAACGGGGAGUGUCCCAGCUGCUCCCUGACCCUGCAGGAGAAGUACCGCGGGGAGGAUUUCUGCGGGCUCAUGGCCAAGAAAGACGGCCCCUUCGCCGGCUGCCACGCCACGCUGAACCCCGAGAAGUACGUGGACAACUGCGUCUACGACGUCUGCAUCAACAAGGGCUACCGGAAGUUCCUCUGCGAGGCCCUGGAGAGCUACGCCGAUGCCUGUCGGCGGGAAGGAGCCAAGCUGACGGGCAGCUGGAGAACCCUGGCCUCCUGUCCGCUGGACUGCCCGGAGAACAGCCACUACGAGGCCUGCGGCAGCGCCUGCCCGGCGUCCUGCGGCGACCUCGACGCUCCCGCCCGCUGCCAGCUGCCCUGCGCGGAGACGUGCGUCUGCGACAGCGGCUUCGUGCUGAGCGGGAGCAGCUGUGUGCAGAAGGGCGCCUGCGGCUGCAGCCACGAGGGCCAGUACUACACGCCGGGGCAGGAGUUCUGGGCGGACGAGCGCUGCGGCCGGCGCUGCACCUGCCAGGCGCGCACGGGCACGGUGGCGUGCGUCUCCGCCGGCUGCAAGAGCUCGGAGGUGUGCGAUCUGCGGGACGGGGUGCGGGGCUGCUACCCAGCCUCCUUCGCCACCUGCGAGGCCUCCGGCGACCCCCACUACCGCUCCUUCGACGGCAAGACCUUCGACUUCCAGGGCACCUGCACCUACCAGAUGGCCAAGCUGUGUGGCAGCGCGGCCGGCCUGGUGCCCUUCGAGGUGCACCUGCAGAACGAGAACCGCGGCCAGAACAAGGCUGUGGCCUUCACCAAGAUGGUCAGGAUCUUGGUCUACGGCCACGAAAUCAUCAUGAGCAAGGACAGCCCAGGCAGAGUCAUGUUCAACCAGCUGUACGUGAACCUGCCCUUCUACUUGGAGGACAACAAGCUGUCCAUUUACCGCAGUGGCUUCGCGGGGGUGGUGAGGACGAGUUUCGGCAUGACCGUGAGCUUCAACUGGAACAGCUACUUCUCCGUCACCCUUCCCAGCACCUACUCCGGCGCGGUCUGCGGGCUGUGCGGGAACUGGAACGGUAACCGCGGCGACGACAUGCUGAUGCCGGACCGGUCCCCCGCCAGCACGCCCACCGCCUUCGGGCACAGCUGGAAGGUGAAGGACGACCCGGGCUGCUCCAGCGACUGCAAGGGCGGCGUCUGCCCCUCCUGCGACCCGGGCCAGCGCCGCGCCUACGAGGGCGCCGACUUCUGCGGGAGGAUCACGGACCGCAGCGGCCCCUUCAAGGACUGCCACGCCAAGGUCGAGCCCCAGCUCUACUUCGACAACUGCGUCUUCGACGUGUGCCUGUACCGCGGCCACUCCUCGGCCCUCUGCGAGGCCCUCACUGCCUACACCACCGCCUGCCAGAGCGCUGGGGCCACCGUGGCCCUCUGGAGGAGCGACAGGCUCUGCCCCGUGGCCUGCAAGGAGAACAGCCACUACUCGGUGUGCGCUGCCGGCUGCCCGCUGACCUGCCGCGACCUGUCCAGCGCGCAGACCUGCGCGGGCACGCCCUGCCGCGAGGGCUGCGAGUGCGACGACGGCUUCCUGCUCAGCGACGGCCGCUGCGUGCCCGUGGCGGACUGCGGCUGCGUGCACGAGGGCCGCUACUACAAGGCAGGCGAGGUCUUCUUCCCCUGGGGGCUGUGCAGCAACCGCUGCGUGUGCCAGCAGGGCGGCGCCGCGGCGUGCGACGAGGCGGCCGCCUGCGGCCCCAACGAGAAGUGCGUGCUGAAGGACGGCGUGCAGGGCUGCCACCCCGCCGGCACGGGCACCUGCUGGAUCGCCGGGAACACGCGCUACCGCUCCUUCGACGGGCGCGGCUUCAGCCUGUUCGGGAACUGCGUGUACAGGGUGGCCGAGGCCGUCGGCAAGGACGGCAAGCUGGCGCCCUUCCUGGUGACGGUGCACCAGGAGUCGGCUCUGGGCGUCACCGUGACCAGGAGCGUCGCGAUCCGGGCGUACGGCUACGAGCUGACGCUGCUCCCCGGACUCAGCUGGGAGGUCAGGGUGGGCGGCGUGAGGGCGAACCUGCCCCUGUCGCUGGAGGACGGGAGGGUGUCCGCCUACCAGAGUGGGAUCCACAUCAUCGCGGAGACUGACUUCGGCCUGAAGGUCAGUUACGAUGGCGCCUCGUCCGUCGUCUUCAACGUCCCGUCCACCUACAAGGGCGCGCUGGGGGGCCUGUGCGGCAACUACAACGACAACAAGGCGGACGACUUCGCGCUGCCGGGCGGCACCCAGGCGGGCAGUGUGGACGCGUUCGCCGCCGGCUGGGUGCCCGCGGAGGAGCAGCCCAAGUGCGUGACCGGCUGCGGCACCGACUGCCCCGGUACGGAUGACAAGAAGAAGCCCGAGGCGGAGAAGGAGACGGCCUGCGGGAUGCUGAGGUCCGCGAAGGGCCCGUUCGCCGGCUGCCAGGCCGCCGUGCCGCCCGCCGAAUACUUCGACGACUGCGUUCAGGAAGUGAUCACGGAGGGAGGGAACCAAGACAUCCUGUGCCGGCACAUCCAGAAGUACGCGGCCGCCUGCCAGGCCGCCGGGGGCUCCAUCGGCAUCUGGAGAUCCGACAAGUUCUGCCCGCUGAAGUGCCCGGCCAACAGCCACUACGAGCUGUGCGCCGACACCUGCGCGGCCACCUGCGCCUCCCUCAGCCAGGCCGUCCGGUGCCCCAGGUGCCAGGAGGGGUGCCAGUGCGACGAGGGCUUCGUGUUCACGGCGGGCGCCUGUGUCCCGCUGGAGAGCUGCGGCUGCAUGGUGGAGGGGCGCUACUAUAAGUCCGGCGAGGCGGUCCUGCAGAAGGCCUGCAGCGAGCUGUGCACCUGCAAGGCGGGUGUGCUCAGCUGUAGCCGGGCCGACUGCGCCUCGGACGAAGCCUGCGAGGUCCGCAACGGCGUCAUGGGAUGCUACAGCAAAGACCCCUGCCAGAACACCAAGUGCCGGCAGAAGGAGGACUGCAUCGUGCGGGACACCCAGGCCGUGUGCAUCGCCCAGUCCAAGGCCACCUGCUGGGCCAUGGGAGACCCCCACUACCAGUCCUUCGACGGGAAGCCCUUCAGCUUCCAGGGCACCUGCAGCUACAUCCUGGCCCGCACCACGGGCAGGGACCCCACCCUCACGCCCUUCAGCAUCCUCAACAAGAACGAGGUGCGCGGCAACGCGGACGGCUCCUUCGUCAAGCUGGUCACCGUGCAGGUCAAGGGGCACGAGAUCGCCAUCCUGCGGGGAGAGCGGGGCCGCGUGCGGGUGGACGGCAUCAGCUCCAAUCUCCCGGUGAGCCUGGAGUCGGGGAGCAUCCGGAUCGUGCAGUCGGGGAUCAGGGCCGUGCUGGAGACGGACUUCGGGCUGGAGGUCGUCUUCGACUGGACCACGCUCUUCAUGGUGACGGUGUCCAGCAGUUACUAUGACAACCUGGAGGGCCUCUGCGGGAACUACAACGCGGACACGGGGGACGACCACAUGGCGGCCACGGGCGUGCUCGUCGCCAACGUCACCGAGUGGGCGCGGUCCUGGAGCCUGCCGGACCGCGACCCCUUCUGCUGGCACUACUGCCAGGGCUCCUGCCCCACGUGCGCCGACGCCGACCAGGAGCUGUACCGCGGGCAGAGGUUCUGCGGCCUGAUCGAGGACAAGAGCGGGCCCUUCGCCCAGUGCCACGGCGCCCUCAAGCCCCAGCUGUUCGCCGACAACUGCCUGUACGACGUGUGCCUGAACAGGGGCCGGCAGGAGGUCUACUGCCAGGCCCUCGCCAACUACGUGUCGGCCUGCCGGGCGGCCGGGGCCUCGGUCUCGGCCAAGUGGAGAGAGCUCGCCAAGUGCCCGCUGAACUGCCCCCAGAACAGCCACUACGAGUUCUGCGGCAGCCCUUGCCCGGCCACCUGCGCGGAGCCCAAGCCGCGCAGCCCCUGCCCGCUGGCCUGCACCGAGUCCUGCCAGUGCGACGAGGGCUUCGUGCUCAGCGGGGACAGGUGCGUCUCGGCGAAGACGGGCUGCGGCUGCACCCACGGUGAGCGCUACUACCUGCCCGGCGAGGCCUUCUGGGCGGACGCCAGGUGCCAGCAGCAGUGCGCCUGCGACGGCGCCACGCAGACGGUGUCCUGCCGGCCGCGGGGCUGCAAGGCCAGCGAGCAGUGCAAGGUGGUGGACGGCGUGCAGGACUGCUACCCCCUCAGCUACCAGACCUGCACGGCCCUCGGGGACCCCCACUUCCGCAGCUUCGACGGCCGCAGGUUCGACUUCCAGGGCACCUGCGUGUACCGGCUGGCCGGCGUCUGCUCCAAGGACCCCAGCCUGCCGGCCUUCGACGUCACCCUGGAGAACAACAACCGUGGCAGCCGGCUGGUGUCCUUCGCCAGGGUGGUGUCGGCCAAGGUGCUCGACCGCACCGUCACCAUCAGCCAGGACUACAGGGGCAGGAUCCUGGUCGACGGCAUUCUGACCUCCCUGCCCUUCUACUUCAACGGCAGCCAGGCGAGUGUGUACCGCAGUGGUGCCUUCGCCGUGCUGGAGACCCACUUCGGCCUGAAGGUGCAGUUCGACUGGAGCAGCGCGGUCAGCGUCACGGUGCCCAGCACCUACGCCGGCGCCACCUGCGGCCUGUGCGGCAACAACAACGGCAAUCUGGGCGACGAUCUGCUCCUGCCCGGCGGCCAGGCCGCCCAGAGCCCCACCCACUUCGGCAACAGCCAGCGGGUGGGCGACACCCCCGGCUGCUCGCCCGAGUGCCGGGACUGCCCGGAGCCGCCGCCCAAGCCGGGCCCCGGCGAGAAGCCUCCGGCGUACCUGACCGACUGCGACGUGAUCCGGAGCGCCAGCGGGCUGCUGCGGGACUGCCUGGCGCGGGUGGACUCCGCCCACUACCACGAGAGCUGCGUCUUCGACCUCCGGCUGCACCAGGGCCUCCAGAGGGCCGCCUGCGACGUCAUCGCCGCCUACGUCAAGGAGUGCCAGGACGCGGGCGGCAAGAUCGAGCCGUGGCGGAGGAGCGACUUCUGCGCUCCCUCCUGCCCCAGGAACAGCGAGUACACCACGUGCGGCCCCGGCUGCCCGGCCACCUGCGCCGACAUGGCUGCCCCCCGCGGCUGCGCUGAGGGCUGCAGGGAGGGCUGCCAGUGCCAGCCGGGCUUCCUGCUGAGCGACGGCGAGUGCGUGCCCCUGCAGGACUGCGGCUGCGCCCACGAGAGCCGCUACUACCCCUCCGGCGCCACCUUCUACCCCCGGGGCGACUGCACGCAGCGCUGCAGCUGCCUCGCGGGCGCCGUGUCCUGCAGCGCGGCCUCCUGCGGCCCCCAGGAGACCUGCAAGGUGCUGGCCGGGGUGCAGGCCUGCCACCCGCGGAGCUACGCCAGCUGCGCGGUCUCCGGGAACUCGCACUACCUCACCUUCGACGGGGUGCGCUACGACUUCCAGGGCGCCUGCGGCUACACGCUGGCCCAGGUGUCGGGCUCGGCCGCCGCGGGGCUGGCGCGCUUCUCCGUGCAGCUGCAGAAGGAGCGGGCGGGCGCCGGCGGGCUGGCCGUGCCCCGCUCGGUCGCGGUGUCGGUGUACGAGGUGUCCGUCGCCCUGGAGAAGAGCCUGCCCUGGCAGAUACGGGUGAACGGCGUCCGCAUCAACCUGCCCUUCUCGCUGGCCGGCGGGAAGCUCCGGGUGUCCCAGGUGGGCAAGGGCAUCGUGCUGCAGGCCGACUUCGGCCUGACCGUGACCUACGACCUCCAGCAGACCGUGUCCGUCACGGUACCGUCCACCUACUCUGGCCAGCUGGUGGGAGCCUGCGGGAACUACAACGGCCGCGUGGACGACGAAUUCGCCCUUCCUUCUGGCGCCCCCGCAGGCAGCGCCAGCGAGUUUGGGGUGGCGUGGAGACUCGAGGGCGACCAGGAGCUCUGUGGGGACGGCUGCCUGGCAGGGGGCUGCCCCAAGCCCGUAGACAAAGACAAGGAGGCCCUGAAGAAGCCGGACAAGUGCGGGCUGAUUUCUUCCCCCCAGGGGCCUCUGGCUGCUUGUCACUCAGUGCUGUCCCCUGCUGGUUUUGUGGAAAACUGCGUCUCUGACAGCUUCGCAGCGGAGGGGAAGAUGGAGGCAGUGUGUUUGGGGAUACAGGCAUACGUCACAGCCUGCCAGGAGGCCGGGGUCACGCUGAAAAACUGGAGGAGCAACAGCUUCUGUCCCUUCUCCUGUCCUGCCAAGAGCCACUACGCCCUCUGCGCCGACACGUGUGGCAGCAGCUGCCCAGCGGUCACCGGCCCGCUGACCUGCGCCCAGACCUGCGCGGAGGGCUGCGAGUGCGACGCCGGCUUCGUCGCCGACGGCAACAAGUGUGUGGCGGUCCAGGACUGUGGCUGCGACCUGGUCGGGAUGUAUCUGAAGGGCGGCCAGGUCGUCUACAGGAACGACUGCACCCAGAGGUGCUCCUGCGACGCCAGGCACGACGCGGUGUGUGAGACACACAGCUGCCCAGCUGACACCCAGUGCGGGGUGAGGAACGGGGCCCUGGGCUGCUACCCCACCCACGCCACCUGCACGCUGAGCCAGGGCUCCGUGGGGUCCUUCGACGGGGCCAACAGCACCCUCAAGAUAGGGGGCCACUUCGAUGUGGCCGUCCACCCCGCCAGCCAGCUGUCCAGCGUGGGCCGGUUCCGGGUGGUGGCUGGGGUCCGCGUUUGCGGCCAGGACCAGCCGACCCUGGGAGUGGUGUUCGGCUUCUUCGGAGAGACUCUGGUCACCGUGUCCAGCAAGCAGAAGGUCUGGGUGAACGGCCAGCCAGUGACCCUGCCCUGGAAGGCCAGCGAGAAGCUGACCGUGACGCUGGCGGAGGGGGCGGUGGUGGUGGUGCAUGAUGGGAAGGCAGUGAUGCGCCUGAACGCCCUGAGAGCCGAGAGGGUUGGUGCUAUAAUCCCAGAGGACUGGGACUCGUUUCCUCGGAUGUUUGGAGCAGUCUAA